GCCAGACUUUGCAAAGCCUGUCGUGACGCGUACGCCGCACCGAUUGACGUGAGAUUUUUUGCAGUGGCUUAAAGUCUCCACCGAAUACAGCGUACGAAUUCUGCAAGGAUUUCGCAGCGUGGCCGCGCUCACUCUUGGUGCAUAAGCAUGAGGCUGGCACGACACAUUCGACGGCGCACCGAUGCCGUACGCAGCUUCAGCGCACCAACCAUGCCUGUGGCCAAGCGCCACGACUGGCUGUCCACGCUCGAAGACGCCGACGUCGCAAAUCUCAAUGCGCGCUGCUCGAAGAUUAUCGAAGGCGCCGACGCGAAGCCGUAUAAUCGUGAUUGGAUGGACAAAUGUGAAGGCAAAGCUAGAAUAGUAGCGCAGCCGGCGACGACGGAGGAAGUCUCCGCAGUAUUGGCGUACUGCAACGAAAAACGACUGGCGGUGACGACGCAGGGCGGCAAGACGGGCCUGGUCGGCGGUAGUGUCCCGGUGCACGACGAGGUCAUCCUGUCGACGACGCGGUUAAAUACAAUAGAAGGUUUGGACAAGGACACGGGCGUUGUGACCUGCGGCGCGGGCGUCGUCCUGGAGACGCUCGACGCCUAUCUGCGAGAGCACGACUUCGUGGCUCCCUUGGAUUUGGGCGCGGCGGGCACGUGUACCAUUGGAGGCAACCUCGCGACGAACGCCGGCGGCGUGCGCUUCGUACGCUAUGGCUCAUUACGAGGCGCCUGCGUUGGAUUGGAGUUCGUGAAGGCCGACGGCACGGUCGUCGACUGCGCGCGGACGUCGCUGCGCAAGGACAACACCGGUUAUGCCUUACCGCAGCUGUUGAUCGGGUCGGAGGGCACACUGGGCGUCAUCACGAAAUGUUGUAUAGCGUGUCCCUCGUUGUCACCUUUCGUCAACGUCGCGUGGCUCGCUUGUAACAGCUUCGAUGAAGUGAGGAAAGUGCUGACGACCGCACGUAGUACGUUGGGUGAGAUUCUGAGUGCGGUGGAGUUCCUGGAUCGCGGGGCGUUGGAUGCUACCCUUAGAGCCCAUCCGGACAUCGAGGACCCGCUAGAAACGGAUGCCCCGUUCCGCGUGCUCGUCGAGACGGCGGGAUGCGACGCGACGCACGACGCGGCGAAGCUGGAGCGGUUCCUCGAGGCCAUCGACGUCGAGGACGGCUGCGUCGCUCCAACAACCUCAGCGAUGAACGCGUUGUGGACGCUCCGCGAGGGCGUCUCCGACGCGAUGACCUCACGAGGCUUCGUUUAUAAAUACGACGUGUCCCUGCCUCCUUCCACUUUAUAUGACCUCGUUGAGAAGACUACGGAAAGGCUGGAGCAUUUGGACGUCGACGUCGCGGGGUAUGGACAUGUGGGCGAUGCGAACCUCCAUUUGAACGUCUGCGACGUGACGGGGUAUAGAGAAGAGGUCCACGCUCUACUGGAACCGUGGGUUUAUGAAGAAGUGGCCCGUUCAAGGGGGUCCAUCAGCGCGGAGCACGGCGUCGGCCAGUGCAAGCCCGAGUACUUGCAUUUGAACAAGUCUGUUGAGGCGAUGGACCUGAUGGGGUCUUUGAAAAAAGUGAUGGACCCUCAUCUCAUCUUGAACCCGUACAAGGUGCUGCCGGCUUCGGUUUUGUAA